UGCAGUGUGAGAGGAUAUCAUACAUAUGUAUUAAAGUAGUAAACUGACUUAUUAUUGUGUUGUUGUAGUUGAUAUUUUUGUAUUGUGGUGUUUUGAAAUGUGUAGGCCCUCAGACGAAACGGUUCCUGGUGUUGCAACAUUUGAAGUGACCUGCUCARAUCCUGCUCAGCCCGCUAGCAGUUGAACAUGGUCGCCUCAGCGCAGGGUCACAGAUAGAAGCAGUGGAGCAGAGGAGUAGUCGUUUCUUCCAAGGUCUCCAUUGAGAAAGUCAUAGCAAAGCUUCUUUCGGGCAUUUCCAGUGCAGCCAAGAACCAGGAGACAAAAUGGCCGACAAUGUAAAUGCCUUGCCCUUCUUCUACGGCAACAUCACCCGGGAGGACGCGGAGGACUACCUGCGACAGGGUGGUAUGGGCGACGGCAUGUACCUGCUACGGCAGAGCCGGAGCUACUUAGGGGGCUACGCCCUGUCAGUGGCCUACAGACGGGAGUGUUACCACUAUACCAUAGAGAGGGAGCUCAACGAGACGUACGCCAUCGUUGGGGGGAAAAGCCACCGAACCCCCGUGGAUGUGAUUGACUACCACUCCCAGAAGUGCGAAGGGCUGGUUUGUCUGCUGAAGAUGCCCUACAACAGGCCCAAGGGCAUGCAGCCCAAGGUGGGGCCUUUUGAGGACCUCAAGGAGAAGCUGAUCAGAGAGUAUGUGAAAAAGACCUGGAACCUGCAGGGUGCGGCCCUGGAGCAGGCCAUCAUCAGCCAGAGACCUCAGCUGGAGAAGCUGGUCGCCACCACCGCCCAUGAGAAGAUGCCCUGGUUCCAUCACACCAUCACACGUGAGGACUCUGAAUCACGGCUCCAGAUGGGCUCUCGCACCAAUGGCAAAUUUCUGAUCAGACAGCGGGACCUGAAUGGUUCCUACGCCCUGUGUCUCCUACAUGGGUCACAAGUCAUGCAUUAUCGCAUCGAUAAGGACAAGGCUGGCAAGCUCUCCAUUCCUGAUGGGAAGAAGUUUGACACACUGUGGCAGCUGGUGGAGCAUUACUCCUACAAGCCAGACGGGCUGCUCCGCGUACUGACUGACGCCUGUCCACGACCUGAGGGCGAACACUUUGGUGGUAUUGGACGAGCAGGCUAUAAUAAUCUAUUGGAAGCGGCAGGUGGAAUGCUCACCAGAAUCAAAUCCUACUCCAUACCCAUACCUGGUCGAAAAAAGGACAGGGGUGCCUCUCACAGCAAAACCACAGAUAACCUCAACCCUUAUGACACCAGGGCUCCAAAUAAUAUGGUCAGCAAAGAGUCCAUGCCAAUGGACACAGAGGUGUACGAGAGUCCUUACGCUGACCCAGACGAGCUGAGGACCUCCACUGUGGACCGCAAACAGCUCUUCCUGGAAGAUGGAGAGUUGGGCUCUGGGAACUUUGGGACUGUCAUGAAGGGCAUCUACAAAAUGAGGAAGACAGAGAAGCCGGUGGCAGUGAAGAUCCUGAAGAAUGACGACAACAACCCAGCAGUGAAGGAGGAGAUGCUGCGGGAAGCCAACGUCAUGCAGCAGCUGGACAACCCCUACAUCGUCCGCAUGAUCGGCAUCUGCGAGGCCGAGAGCCUCAUGCUGGUCAUGGAGCUGGCCGAACUGGGGCCGCUCCACAAGUACCUCCAGAGGCACAAACAGAUCUCCAUUAAGAACAUCACAGAGCUGGUGCACCAGGUUUCUAUGGGCAUGAAGUACCUGGAGGAGCACAACUUUGUGCACAGGGACCUUGCGGCCAGGAACGUGCUGCUGGUCACCCAGCACUAUGCCAAGAUCAGCGACUUUGGUCUGUCCAAGGCUCUCACAGAGGAGGAGAACUACUAUAAGGUAUUCAAUUCAGAUAUAAUUAUUGUCGUCCCCUUAACCCCUUGGCGAAGUUCAGACUGUCUCCAUGGGAAGUGGCCAGUGAAAUGGUGCCCAGAGUGUAUGAACUAUUUCAAGUUCUCCUGUAAGAGAGUGUGGAGCUUUGGGGUCCUGAUGUGGGAGGCGUACACGCUAGGGAUGAAACCAUACAAGGGCAUGAAAGGAAAUGAGGUGAUCCAGAUGAUCGAGAAUGGUGAGCGCAUGGACAUCCCCCCCAACUGUCCCGCGGAGAUGUAUGACCUCAUGAAUAAGUGCUGGACAUACAAGGCGGAUGAAAGGCCUGGAUUUGCGAUUGUUGAGCCGAGACUGAGGGAUUACUACUAUGACAUAUCGUCACAAUGAUCGGUCACCUCAAUCAGUAACCAGUGGAGUGUAUAGAGCAUUUGACUCUGGACCUCAGGAGAUACUGUCUGCUGUGGGGGGGGGGGUGCUAGUGUUUUGCUCUUGGCACCGGUAGCUUCUUGGGAGUUCCUCUCAUUAAAAAGUGUUAUUAAAACCGAGAAACCUGAUCAGUAUAGAUUUAAAGUUUGAACAUAUUGUAAAUUGAUUACAAACAUCAGUUUUAAACAAUGUUGGAAAGUAAAGAAAAAUAUAUUUAAAACCACUUGAUUGAAACACACAUUAAUAUUUUUGUCAUUUAGCAGACGUUGUUAUCCAGAGCGACUUAGUUAGUGCGUUCAUCUAUGUGAUAGCUAUGUGGGACAACUACAUAAGUACAUUUUUCCUCAGUAAAGUAGCUAUCAGCAAAGCUUGUAAGGGGGAAUAAACUAUUGUGGGAGGAGGGAUGUUGUGGGAUUAUUUAAGGUKAUCUUUGAAGAGGUAGUGUUUUUGGGAAGUUGGGCAGGGACUCUUGCUGUCCUAGCUUCAGGGGGAAGCUGGUUCCACAAUUGGGGUGCCAGGACAUAGAAGAGCUUUGAAGAUUCUUUUGUUCUGUUUAAUUUACUGGAAAUCUUUUUUUCUUCUCAAUCAAUAUUGAAUUUACAAUAAAACAAGGAGCCUGAUGUUUUGUAUUUCUUUUAUCAUUACUUUUUUUACUUCUCUUUAUUGACAUUUAUAAAUAUUUUUUAUUUCAUGAUUCUACUGGAGUUAUGUAUCAAAAUGCUUCCACAUUUUCCUCAGGAUGUUAUGUUCUGUUUUCCUCAUCCUGGCACAUAUUGUAUAAUCCAACGGGCGAAGAUAUAUCUGAUGUAAAUUAUUACUUUCUGGUUAAAUACAUUCACUGAUGAGAAUUAUAAUUAGUGCUAAAAAAAUGAAUCAAUACAAUUAUUCUAAACUGUC